GUCAUAGUUUGUUGUUAGCCAGCGCUCGUUGAAGAGGCUUCGAGGCAUUAAUUGCAAAUUCUGUUAACCAUGUCAUUUAGGAGCUUGCGAUUAAGUUUCCUGGGGGUGGCGGUAUGCGCCCUGCUGCUGCCCCUCGCGGCAUCUGGGGCGGCGGGCGGCGAACGGCAGGAACGAGACAUGAGCGGCUUCUUCGGACACGACUUCUGGAAACAGUUCGAGCGAGGAUUCCGACACAUGGAGGAUUCCGUCCGUGACGAUGCGACGCAACUGGAAGGCAUGUUCAACUCCUGGUUGUCACCCCGCCAGCAAGCAUCCCAGAAGCACCACCACAGCGAUGUCGAAAUGCUGUCAACAGCUGAAGAACGCGAUACCGAGCCUGUGGAGAUAGAUGGCGACAUUGAUGACAUCGACGGCGAUGUGGAUGACGUGACCGACGACUUCCCAGGGAACUUCUUCAACAUCUUCCAUGGACCGACAACGAGAUCGUGGUGGUCAGGGCCUAAUGUGUGUGUGGACAGGGAGGAGAUUAAUGAAAGUCAGCGACACAAUGACACAGAGUCAACAGAUGAAGAUGAUGACAGCAUCCUCGGCAGCUUCCAGUUCUCCAGCUGCCGCCAAAGUGAUACUAAAUACACAUGCACAACAAAGAUUCGCAGUCAUGGGAUUCGAAAGACCUUCAUUGUGAGGUACCAGUGCUGUCAUGGUUACAGGAGAAUUCCAGGAAAACCAGGCUGUACAGAAGUGAACUUGAAGCCAAUGGUGCAAACAAUGGAAGAAUUAGGAGCAAAGGUCUUCCCAGAGAUGGCCCGUGCUACAGGUGUUGCUGAAAAGUUGUCGUCUGAGAAUCUGACAGUAUUUACUCCUACUGAUGAAGCUGUACGUGAUUUCUCAGAGAGUCUUCAGGCUGCCAACCAAGUGGAUUUUUACAUCCCCCCGGGGCGCAGCCGACGAGAUACAACAAACUGGGAAAAUGAAGCGGCAUCUGGUGUCAAUAUGAAGGAGGUGGUUCUAGGCCACAUGGUACCAGGUUUCCAGGACAUUGGAGAUCUUGUUGAUGAGCAGGUGCUCUACAGCGACAACAAUAAUUCAACACUGCGAUUCAACAUGUACGCUGCACCUGGUGAACGACUUCUGACUAUCAACUGCGCUCGAGUCACAUCCAUCAACAAUUAUGCUGAGAAUGGCAUUGUGCAUAUCAUUGACCGUGUCAUCCGACCUGUCACUCGUACUAUUGGACAACUCAUUACAGAAGAUGCCCAGUUUACUCGACUCAGAGAAUUCUUGGAGCGUACAGGUCAAAUGCAGCUUUUGAAUGAACCUGGUCAUCUGACACUGUUUGCACCUAUUGAUGUAGCUUUUGACAAUAUGGAUCCUGCCAUUCGUGACAGGCUGCUUUCCUCAGCAUCCAAUACCUGCCUGAAGAAUGUCUUGGGUCACCAUUUGCUGACACACACACUGUGUUCGUGUGCUGUAACACAGCGAGUAGCAACACACACUUCUGUUGGAACUCCUUUGAUGCUAGAACGUUCUGAAGAUGGAAAGCUGUUUGUGGGUUCUGGAACUCAAGUUGUAGCUCGUGAUAUAAUGGGUACAAAUGGAAUUAUACAUGUUAUUGAAGAAAUUCUUCUUCCUGACUCAGGACUGCCAGUUACAACUGUUUUGGAACGACAGAACCUAACACAGUUUGCUGGCCUGCUGAAGGAAGCUAGUCUGGCUGGUGUAAUCGAUUCAGCAGACAAUGUGACUGUAUUUGCCCCAAGUGAUGAUGCCCUGCGGCGUCCUGAAGCAGUUGCUGCAAUUGAAUUAGCAAGGAAAAGUCCUGAGGAUCUGCGUAACUUGCUCCUCUUCCAUACAGCAAAGCCUGAGGUGCAUUCAUGUGAUAUCACAAACAAUAAAGAAAUUGCAUCUGGUUUGGAAGGCCAUAGCCUCAGGAUAAACCUAUAUGCUACUAUGCCACAUUUCACAUUGCUGGGGAAGCGAGCCACAGUUCAAUGUGCACGAAUAACAAACCUUGAUGAACAUGCUUGUGGAGGACUGAUUCACCAGGUGGACCGUCUUCUGGUACCACCUGCAGGUGAUGCAGUACAGCUGCUUGAAGCUAGUGGAAAUUUCAGCACAUUUUUGAGACUACUGCAGGAAACUGGCCUGAUAUCUGAACUGAAAGAAAACAGCCCAUUUACUCUCCUAGCACCAUCAGAUGAGGUUUUUGCUCGCAUUCCAGAGCCACAGAUGGACACACUCACAUCAGACAAGGAGCUGCUAACUCAUGUUCUACGCAAGCACAUUUUACCAGAGGUGCUUUGCUGCUCUGGAGUAAGUGUAGCUACGUGGCCCUUCUCCAGUCGAGCAGAAUCACUUGGUGGGCCUCUUCCCCUCCGCCGAGACUAUGAGGGUCGCAUUCAUAUGGGAGGAGCUGCCAUUACCAGUUGUGAUCAUGUGUCCAAUGAUGGUGUGGUUCACUUUGUCAACAAGGUGAUGAUGCCAUCAAACCCCAAAUAUAGGAGAGUUAUUGGCCACCGAUCCAGGAAUCCUAAUGUAGAAGUAUUCCUUUAUGGUCUCUAGUUUCAUUUGCAGAAGCUACAACUGUAUUUACAAUGCUUAUGUUUCAAACUUUUUAUUUUCCUAGUUUGAAGAUGAAAAAAAAAGAGGACAAAAUCUGUGUAAUAGUGUGUUAAGUUAUAAGAAAUGUACUGACAUAUCAGAGCAGUAUUGUACUGCAAAAGUCACAUUGUGACUAAAGACUGGAUACAAUUUUUUGUUUUCAUUGUUUGUAAUCAUCUCAGAUCCAGAGUAGUUUCUGAUACAUGAUUACCAUAUUUUUAGAAGCUGUAUUAGUGACAAUGGCACACUAAUUUGUAUUAGGCUUUCUUUCAAAAGCAAAAACAAGGCCUUUACUCAAAAAUAUUAUUCCUGUUGGUUGUUUUAUGAAGCUACGAUCUUUAGCAAUUAUUUAUUCUUGAAUGCACAUGUUGUUCAUUAUUUACAACACAUUUUGUACUGAAAUUUGUGAAAAUAAAGUUAAUUAAAAAUGA